AUGAUGCAACCCUAUCAUCCAUUUUUUUCUAAUAUUCCACCUCCACCUCUACCUACUCGUGAAUUCAUAAUAAACGAAGGUUUAAAAGUAGUCCAACAACCAAAAAUUGACCAAGAAUGGUUAAAAAACUGGAUCACAAGAAAAAAAGAAGAAAAACAAUUGUCUUCGAAUCGAAUUUCAUUAUUUAGUUAUCGCCAACAGUUGAUUCAACAUGCCCAUCUUCUUCAACAAUAUGAAGAUGCAUUAAAAAUUUCUAAUCAUGAAGUUUUACUUCAAUUAAAACUUAAAAUUGAACAGUCAAAUAAUUUCAUAUAUGAUUCUCAUAUUGUUAAAAAUAUUCAAAAACAAAUUCAUCGUAGAAAAUCAAAACGUGCUCGACUUCGACGUCAAAAACAAAAACAACCAAUUGCUACUGGCAACAGUAUUAUCAAUGAACAACCAUCCAAUGAAAAAUCUCUACUUGAAAAAAUUCAAGAUGUUAAUUCAUUACUUCAUACUAUUAAACAAUUAAAGCGCAUACGUCUCAAACGACUACAAGACAAUAUCAACACUAUCGCGACGAACAAUACAACUGAAGAUGAAUUAACUGAAAUUGAAAAUUUAUGUACUGACCGAUUGAAUGAAUAUAAAGCUCAAACGAAAAAGCAAACCCAUAAAGACUUGCUUAAUUAUCUUUUUAAUAAUCAUGAUCGAUCUUUCUAUGAAUCGACUAAUCCUGAUGGGCAAUAUUAUUUACGAGCUCACCAAAACAAAACUAAUUUAGUACAAAUUCGACAAGCAUGGGAUCAAUAUUCAACUACUCGUAUUACUUCAUUAGACAAUAUUAUACCAUCUCAAUGGUACGAACCACAUGUACCUUGUGAUGCUAAUUGGGCUCGAUAUAUUUUCCAUAGGAAAGAAUAA